CAAAAGUGUGAGCAGGAACAGAGACUGAGGAACUGUUACAGUGGGAUCCCAUGCUGGUAGCAGGACUCUCAGGAAACAAAUCAAAAUAGGUAGGGGGAAAAUUUAGGAACUAAGUUUGGGACUUUUAAAAACAUCCACCCUUCUAGCAAAAGGGCUCUCAAAGAGCAUACACCACACACCUGAGCUGCUGGAGGCAAGUAUUUUUAUAGCAGCAGUUCCUGAAUGCUUGGAUCCUGGGGUCAAGCCCUUAAACUCUCUCACAGAUACCACAAUGGACAAAGGAGUGAACAAACACCUGCAUAUCUCUGCAUAUUACCAUUUCAAAGGUGCCAUGUGGAUCACAGUCUGGGAACUGCUGCUUUACAGGAAGGGAGGCCAAAAAUCAUUACAGUGGGCGGUGGUGAUGGCCAGGGUUCCAGACUUCCUCGCUCUCAUGUGGGGAGGAAGGCACUUUGCACAAAACCAAAUCCCUUUCAGGGGAACAUGGCACAGUGCUCUAUUAUACAACUCAAACAGAAAGGGGAAAAAUUCUAACUUACUCCCACUCAUUCUCUUGAGUCUCCCACUAAAAAUGGUCUUCAAAUGCAAUGUUAAAGAGGAAAAUACUGAAUGUGGAUGAUGCCAAACUCCAUACCCAGGUAUCUCCAGCUUUCCUUUGCAGCACAAACCCAGCAGCGAACUGGCAAUUCCACAAUCCCAAGCAAAUUAAAGUGCAGAAAAAUCCACUGACGGCCAUGAGGCUAGGAGACUUCUAGCUGCUUGGUACACUGGGCAUGCACUUGGACAGCACUGGCAAGGUCCCAUUCCAGAGCACAGUUACACUGUGGCCCAGGAGGUUCAGAGGAUCCUCCUGGCUGCUGUCUGUCACAGCUAUGGUGACCCUGGUAUGAGCUGCUGAGACUUUUGAAAAGGGAAAGGAAAACCACCCAUACAGGACAGGUUAAGUGCUCCUAGACCCAAGGUCCUGCUCUCCAAAUUGCAGCUCCCUAGAGCUCCUGCAGGUAUGUGCCAAGGACAUGUUAUAGAUCAACUACAGCAGCAGUCCUCAAAUGGAGGGGAAAAUUAAUUACUUUCAUGACCUGAAAUCAACCCUAUCGGCUCAAGCUGUCAAUAAGCAGUUGGCUUCCUGCUAAGCACAGACCAGAACCAGCCCUGUAGAAAAUGAGCUGUUCCUGGGAAGCCCCAGGAACACAAUGCAGCCAGCUGUAUCCAUAACACACUCCAAGGAAACAAUUUCUGCCACAGGCAGCACAGGGUCCUUGUGCCAGAGGAUGCUUCAGAGCUGGAGCUUCUACUGACCAGUUUGAACCUCAUGGCACAGCACCAGGUCCACAUGAACCAUGUGCACUGGCAACCAACACCCCCAGUAUUUCAGGUUCCCCAAACUGGGCUACAAUAAUGAUGGCUGACAGAACCUUAAUUACAUGCUGGAGGAAGGACAACUCCAUUCUUCAGUGGCAGUAAGGGGAUUUCAGAAUGAAGCAGGAAUUCUGUUAACUGGAAAGUGUGUGGUCAUGCAGCUUGCAAGGUGAGGGGGUUUCCAGCUGAGUGCUGCCAAAUCUGUCUGCAAACAACUUGGCUCCACAGCUGCAAAUUAGUUCCUCUCUGCCCCCAGCUCUCCCAAACAGUUAACUUGUGGCUGUGAGACCAUCCUAUCUCCCUGCCUGCUCAACAAUAGAUCCAGCUAAACAAAUGCCUCCUAAUUGACUUUAAGCAACACUUGAUUGCUUUUACAAAAAACAAAAGAGAGGAAAACAUUACGGUUUAUGAAAUAAUGACUAAUCCUGGAGCAAGAGAAAGGGGAUGGGUUGGAGCACUGGUGUCAAACAGAGAUUCAAUCUUGGCUGAAAGAGCCCCAAGACACAUGGGCCAAGUCAUUCACCCCUCCCCAACUGCCCUCAUUUCCACACCUGCUGAUCUAAGCCAAACCCCUGCUAAAAUACAAACAAUCGGGGCCUCUGGCAAAUGAAAAUUGGAGCAUUGUCUUCCCCAUGAGGGCUCUGAAAGGGCCGCACUUAAUGAGGAUGGAUUGACAAAGAGGUGGCUGGUAGGCUAUAAAAGGCAUUCCACAGGCAGGAGCAGCUCAGUGCAGGGUGUGCUGUUGGUUCACUUGCUCCAAGCAUGGUCAGGUCCCUUGGCAGGCACCCCUGGAGCUUGGGUGGCCCGUGGCUGCUGGGUGUCCUGGCCCGCCUGCUGCUCUGGGGCUCUCCAGGUGCCCGGGGGAGCUACCUGAGGAGAUCCUCCAGCUGCAUGCCCAUCCCCCAGAGCAUGGCCCUCUGCUAUGACAUCGGCUACUCCGACAUGAGGAUCCCCAACCUGCUGGAGCAUGAGACCAUGACAGAAGUCAUCCAGCAGUCUUCCAGCUGGCUGCCCCUGCUAGCCAGGGAGUGCCACCCAGACGCUAGGAUUUUCCUCUGCUCCCUCUUUGCACCCAUCUGUUUGGACAGGCUCAUCUUCCCCUGCCGCAGCCUCUGCGAGGCCGUCAAGAGAAGCUGCGCGCCCGUCAUGGCUUGUUACGGCUACCCCUGGCCCGAAAUCCUCAACUGCAACAAGUUCCCUGCAGACCAUGAGCUGUGCAUUGCAGCAGUGUCCGUGGAUGAAAAUUCCUCAAGCAGGAGAACAGUGCCCCGAGCCAGCUGCCAGGACUGUGAGCUUGAGGAGGCCAGCACUGCCAGGGAGAUCCUGGAAAGCCUCUGUGCAAAUGAUUUUGCAGUGAAAAUCCGAAUCCUGAGGAGGAACACCACCACCACCAUCUCAGACUUCGACCUGGACCCCUCCAAAGUGGAGGUGCUGAAGCACGGCCCGCUGCUCAGAACUGAAAUCCCUGCCAGGCUCCAGCAGUGGCUGGACAUAGAUGCCACCUGCGCCCACAACAUCAUGCGAGGCACCCAGGCAGGGGUCUUCGUUGUCAGUGGUGACGUGCAGAGUGACAAAGUGGUGGUGAACAAGGCCUAUGCCUGGCAGAAGAGGAACAGGAACCUGCACCAGGCAGUGAGGAGGUGGAAGCAUCACCGCUGCCCCGAACAGGUGGGAUGGAAGGUCUGAAAAAGCUCAGCUACAGCAACAAGAAACUGCUCCCCUCCCUAUGGCUAGAAAACUCCUUUCCCUGGCAGGUGGUGUUUUGGAGAUGUACAGUGAUAUUUCUAGGUGAUUUGAAGCAGUCAUAGUGCACAGAUAGGGCUUCACUAGAUCCCUGUUUUACCAAGACAGAGCUUAAGGAUGCAGGUUUAACAUGUUCCUCUCACAAUGCUCUGUAGAUCCAGGAUGUGCUAUGUUCAGCUUUGCAUAGGAUCCAACAUCACAACAAAACUAUGCAGGUGAGGACAAACUAGAAGAAACCUUUAAUAACAGUUCCUUCUAGUUCUCAUUAUCUAGUUCUCAUUAUUCAGAUUCAUUAUUUGACCC